AUGACCUACACAGCCCAGCUGGCCAGCUCAGAUAGGGCUAUGACCUACACUGCACAACUGGCCAGCUCAGUUGGGACUACGACCUACACAGCCCAGCUGGCCAGCUCAGAUAGGGCUAUGACCUACACUGCACAACUGGCCAGCUCAGUUGGGACUACGACCUACACAGCCCAGCUGGCCAGCUCAGAUAGGGCUAUGACCUACAUUGCACAACUGGCCAGCUCAGUUGUGACUACGACCUACACAGCCCAGCUGGCCAGCUCAGAUAGGGCUAUGACCUACACUACAACUGAGAAAAUAAGGAAUGGUAAAAUAUCCAUCAAACCAUUUUAUUUCUAUCUAUCUAUAUAUCUAUCUAUCUAUCUCUUCCAUUCUAUCUAUCUUCUAUCUAUCUUCUAUCUAUCUAUCUAUCUAUCUAUCUAUCUAUCUAUCUAUCUCUUCCACUCUGUUCCUAUCUAUCUAUCUAUCUAUCUAUCUAUCUAUUAG